AUGAAUGAAGGUGAUGAAAGUGAUGAAAGUGAUGAAAGUGAUGAAAGUGAUGAAAGUGAUGAAAGUGAUGAAAGUGAUGAAAGUGAUGAAAGUGAUGAAAGUGAUGAAAGUGAUGAAAGUGAUGAAAGUGAUGAAAGUGAUGAAAGUGAUGAAAGUGAUGAAAGUGAUGAAAGUGAUGAAAGUGAUGAAAGUGAUGAGAGUGAUGAGAAUGAUGAAGAUGAUGAAGAUGAUGAAGAUGAUGAAGAUGAUGAAGAUGAUGAAGAUGAUGAAGAUGAUGAAGAUGAUGAAGAUGAUGAAGAUGAUGAAGAUGAUGAAGAUGAUGAAGAUGAUGAAGAUGAUAAAAGUUAUGAAGAUGAUGAUUGUGAAGUGGAUGAAUGA